UUGACGGGAUGCCAGGAAUAACACGUUCAUUGUGCUCCCAGUUUCUGCGUGGCGGUCGUCGCACUAGCCGCUUGUAAUUGUGAUAAUUGUGUUGUGUCUGGCGCAGUGAGUGUAGCGGGAUGCUGGACCAGGAGCUACUCGCCAAGGGCGCCCUGUCUGAGGGGCAGCAGCAGCCUGCACCGCCCCACCUCACCAACCCAUACUCCCAGUUCCAGCAAUACCAGCAGAGCAUGGCUGGCUACAACAACAUGGGCUAUGGUUUUCCCAUGUACACCCAGAACGGCUACGGCUAUCCCCUGACAGGCUACCCGCACGCCCCCAGCCCGCCCACAGACGUGACUGAGAAGACCGAGGGGGGCGAGGUGAGAGUGACAGCCAAGGGCAAGAAGGUGAGAAAGCCACGCACCAUCUACUCCUCCCUGCAGCUACAGCAGCUCAACAAGAUGUUCCAGAGGACUCAGUACCUGGCCCUGCCGGAGCGCGCCGAGCUGGCCGCCAAGCUGGGACUCACACAAACACAGGUGAAGAUCUGGUUCCAGAACCGCCGCUCCAAGUACAAGAAGCUGUACAAGGCGGCACAGAACGGCCAGCUGCCAGGUGUUGACGCUGCAGAGAUCGCCGCAGACCUGGGCGCCAACCUCUCUCAGAUGGUGAGCAACGGGCCAGAAUCACCCAGCUCGCCCACCCCCACGGACCACGGCCACGACCAGCCACCCCCGUCCGUGGGAGCUGAUGGCGGCCCACUUUCUCCACCGCCCGACGACCGCCCGCAGUCCCAGCCGCCCACAGUCUCCAGUCACGGCGAGAUGGCGUCCCCCAUGAUGACUGGUCCACGCGACAUGGUGUCCCCACAGAUCCACGUGGCCAAGGACAUGAUGGCCAUGAACUCCGCCAUGAUGGGCACCGACCAGCGGCGAGACCAGGUCAUGAUGCCUCCCCACCACCAGUGGGACCCCGCCCACUACAUGUCCUACUGGAACCCCUAUGGCGAUGUGGCCGCCCACCAGAUGAACCAUCAGAUCAUGACCUAAGCGACGCGGCAGAGCACGCCCCGCCUCGCCCACCAAGCAUCCUUCGCGACACUCCCGCGCCUGAGGAUGGGGAGUGCGUCCUUGUGAUGACAGCGGCUGCUUCCACCCCCAGAAGCACCCCACUUGUCUGUUGUUACCUGGAGUGAGUGGCGGCGCCCGUGGGAGCUUUCCACCCGCUCCUCUCACUCGCGGGGCGCCCCUCCCUCCCCCACGGCCAGCCUCCGUCCGCCACGCCCCUCGCUGGCGGCCUCAACAUUCCAGUGGGACGUGUGGGCGCCCGCCAGCAACAAGGCGGCACCAGCGUGAGUCUCGCCCGCCGCUCCUCAUCUGACCCUCGUAAUGGGACGGAGGUGACGAAGGGCCGCGCGCUCUUAUGUAUUAUGUAUGAUGUAUGGUUAGUGUAUAAACUACUCUUGGUCCAUAAAAUAAUGCAUGUUGUACGUACCUUUGUCUGUGUGCAAUAAACAGUGGCUCAGUGUGUGUGUGUGUGUGUGUGUGUGUGUGUGUGUGUGUGUGUGUGUGUGUGUGCGCGCGUGCGCGCGCUUGUGAAAAUGUGUUUGAACAACUGUGUAUAAGUAUGUGUGUGUGUGUGUGUGUGUGUGUGGCUUGGCGGAGUAGUGUCGGGGACCCGCUCGUCUCGCGGCCUCGGGAGGACCUUUGGCCUCUACCUCUCCACCCUCCCGACCUUCCCUUAGGCCUACCUAUUAUCCCUUUUAUCUAAUCAACAAUAAAUAUACCAAUAAAUACUUUGUACCUUAAUUAGGAAAGAAGGUUUGGUGUUAUGAAUGUUACUACAGCAAGGCGACGGAUUCACCUGUUGACUGCUCCUCGCCUACCCCUGCCCGGCGAGGCCAGCUAUACAUAUAUAUAUUUUUACUGUUUUAUUUAUUUUUGUCUUCAUCUAACCACGACGGAAGUUUUUAAUCUGUGUAUAUACUGUACCAUAUUUCUGUGUAAAUAAAUACUGUAAGAAUAA